ACCAGACCUUGUUUACACCAAAUCCAGACAACUGACCUUUCCAAUGUCUGGUUUAGCUGUUAUUAUGUCUGAAGCUGGGAGGGAGAGGGAGGCCUUUCUCCAGCAGAGAACCUUCUUCUGCUCGGGAGGAGACUGCAGAAGCCAGCUCAGUGCACCGCUUGUAGCGUUCCUGCAGUAAAGAAGCUCCCUGGUUACUGCAGACCCUGACUCUCUGGACUGAUUUCCCAUUGGGGUGCACCACGCCUUACCAUCCCUUCUGGAGAGCAGCAACACGUGGUGACACCUCGACGGUGUUGGGGGGGACCCAGCCCCAGUGGAACAAGACAGCCAGUGGUUCCUACAAUAUAGAAUCAUCUCUGUUAAUAUCUGCUAUAUAAGAGACUUUUCCUGUUUCACCCAACAAGGAUGGAUAGGGACAGAGACAAGAUGGCAGAGAGGAUAAUAAAUCUCACCCUAGAGAUACUCUUCCAACUUACUGGAGAGGAUUACACGAUGGUGAAGAAGAUCUCUAGCGAGCGCUGUCAGUCCACUGUAUCUGAAGGAUGUGGAAGAUCCCUGAGCCCAAUCACGGGGCCUCCACCUCACCCCCUGAUACAUGAGGAGAUCAAUGAACAGAAGAUCCUAGAACUCAUCCACAAGAUGGUGGAGCUGCUGACUGGAGAGGUUCCUAUAAAGUGUCAGGAUGUCGCUGUCUAUUUCUCCAUGGAGGAGUGGGAGUAUGUAGAAGGACACAAGGAUCUGUACAAGGAUGUCAUGAUGGAGGAACACCAGCCCCUCACAUCACCAGGAAGAUCCAGUAAGAGAAGAACACCAGAGAGAUGUCCCAGUCCUCUUCCUCCACAGGAUCAUCAGCUUUUGAAUCAGGAGGAAGAUCUGAAUAAUAUUAAAGCUAAAGAAACAUAUGUGAGCCCCGAUAACCAGUGUAAGGAUGAAUCUCCUACAGAAGCAUAUGUGACAGGUGAUGACCAGUGUAAGGAGGAACAUUGUACAGAAACACAUGAGAGCAGUGAUGACCAGUGUAAGGAGGAACUUUCUACGAAGACAUAUGUGAACAGUAAGGAGGAGCUUCCUACAGAAGCAUAUAUGAGGAGUGAUGACCAGUGUAAGGAGGAGUUUCCUACAUAUAACCACCCAGAUGACUGUAUCGGGACCUCAGUGAGACCUCUGGUACCUUCAGAUUUUAAAGUAGAUGAUCGUGAUAUUACAGAAGACACAUAUGAAGAGAGUGCCAUUAUCUCUGAUAUACCCUCAGCCCUUCACAGCAAAGAUCUAUCAUCUGAUCCUUUUCAACAUCUUCUAUCUUCUGAUUCAUCACAGACUGUAAAUGAGAAUUAUAGUCAUAAAAUGGAUGUUGUAGGUCAACCAUCAGAUCUUGAGAGACAUCAGACAAGUCACACAAGAGAAAAGCCAUAUUCAUGUCCGGAAUGUGGGAAACGUUUUGACAAGAAAACAAGGUUUGUUGAACAUCAGAGAAGUCACACAGGAGAGAAGCCAUAUUCAUGCACAGAAUGUGGGAAAUGUUUUGCUCAUAAAUCAGGUAUGAUCAAACAUCAAAUACUUCACAGUGAAGAGAAGCCAUUUUCAUGUCCUGAAUGUGGAAAGUGUUUUAGCUUCAAGUCAUCUCUUACUGGACAUCAAAGAAGUCACACAGGAGAAACAUUUUCAUGCCCAGAAUGUGGGAAAUGUUACAAAUCUAAAUCCUCUCUUUCUAUGCAUCAAAAAAUUCACACAGGAGACCAACCAUUUUCAUGUUCACAAUGUGGGAAACGGUAUGCGGUGAAAUCCCUUCUUGCUCAGCAUAUGAAGAGUCACGCAGAAGAGAAGCCAUAUUCAUGUUCAGAAUGUGGCAAAGGUUUUACUCAGAAAUCACAUCUUGUUGGACAUCUGAGAAUUCACACAGGGGAGAAGCCAUAUUCAUGUUCAGAAUGUGGGAAGUGUUUUGCUCAGAAAGUGAACGUCCUCGUACAUCAAAACACUCACACAGGACUGAAGCCAUAUUCAUGUUCAGAAUGUGGGAAAUGUUUUACUCAGAAAUCAAGUUUUGUUACGCAUCAGAGAUUGCACACACUAAAAGAAAAACCUACAAUAAUUGGAGGCAAAAUAAUGGUAUAUCCUACCAGAAAAAAGGAAAGCAAACAAUAGCACUGGAUGAUGAUGAAACAUAUACAAUUAGCAAUUAAAGUCUGGUAUCCAAACAUCAAUGUGUGUAUGUAUCAGUGUUUCAAAAUUUAUUAACCAUUAUUAAUAAAUGUUAGCUUCUAUAUUUGGGUUUGGACC